AUGAAGCUUGUGAAGGGCAAUGGACAGUCGGGUAUUCAAAAUAUGUUGGCCCACUACAACCUUACUUUCGAAGGUCAAAAACAUUGCGGUCUCGACGAUUCUAUCAAUAUUGCACGAUUAUGUAUCAAGUUGAUGCAGGAUAAAAUCGAACUCAGGAUCAACCAGAGGAUGACUCAGCGACAAGACAGGAAUGAGGAUCGUCGUUUGGAAGAGCUUGCAAAGUCCGAUAAAGCUGAUGCUUCAGACUACCAUAUAUGGCACCGCAAAUUGCCGCUUAAGCUGCGACAAGUAACGAGGGACGAAUUUUUGAGCGAGGAAUAUUUAGACUGUGAUUCAUGUGAUGAUAUUGAUGAGUAG